AUGGGGGAUUGGGAGACGACCAUUGAGAGUUUGGUUGACGCUUCCGCACAACAACCUGAUGGUUCCCUAUUAGGAAAGCUCAAGAGGAACCUACUAACGAUUCAUGCAGUUCUCAAUCAUGCUGAGGAGAAGCAAAUCAAAGACUUACAUGUCAAAGCCUGGAUUGAGGAGGUCAGAGUUGCAGCUUAUGAUGCUGAGGACAUUGUGGCUGAGAUCGCCAAUGAUGCUCUUGAAUCACAAAACAGCAACAACAAGGUAUUGAACUUUGUCUGUGACUCUUUCAAUACAAAUGAAAUAGUCAAGGAAAAGCUGGACUUUAAGAUGAAAGACAUUGGUAAUGCUCUUAAUCCCUUUCGGGAACGUGUUGAGCCAAAAAUGAAAAAGAUCAUAGAAAGACUAGAUGAAAUUGCAAAACAAAAAGAUAUUCUUCGUUUGAGAGAAGAUGUUGGUGGGGUAUCAUUCGGGGUUGAUAAAUUGCCAACAACCCCAAUGGUUAAUGAAUCUCAUGUUUAUGGCAGAGAGUUUGAUAAGGAGGAGAUAAUUAAGUUGCUGGAUUUGCGCAAAGAAAAUGAUGAUGAGGUUUCCAUAAUUCCAAUUGUCGGCAUGGGAGGUAUUGGAAAUACAACACUUGCUCAAAUUGUGCACAAUGAUGACACUGUGGCUACGCAUUUUAAUUUGAAAGCGUGGGCUUCUGUAUCUGAUUUAUUUGAUGUCGUCAGGAUAACAAAAACACUUGUUGAGUCUGCCACAAAGAAAACUUUGAGCACAAACAAUCUGGAAUUAAUUCAAGAAGAACUGAAAGGAUUAUUGAACAAAAGGAAAUUUCUGCUGGUUUUGGAUGAUGUCUGGAAUGAGAAGUAUGAAAGUUGGGACGAGUUACGAGUACCUUUCACAGUUGGUGCUACAGGGAGUAGAAUUAUAAUCACAACACGCUCUCAAAAAGUUGCAUCACUUGUGGGCACUGUUCUACCUUACCAUUUGAAGGCACUGUCGGAAAAUGAUUGUCCGUCAUUAUUUGAACAAAUUGUGUUUGAAAACAGGAAUUUAGAUGCCUAUCCAAACUUGAAAGCGAUUGGCAAGAAAAUAGUAGAGAAGUGUAAAGGGUUGCCUUUGGCAGCAAAGGCACUUGGGGGUCUCCUGCGCGCUGAACCUCAACCGGAUGAGAGUUUUUGGAAUGACAUCUUGAAUAGCAAAAUUUGGGAACUGCCAGACAACAACAUUCUACCAGCUCUAAGGUUAAGCUACUAUCACCUCCCCGGGAUUUUGAAGCGAUGCUUUGCAUAUUGCUCAAUGUUUCCUAAGGACUAUGAAUAUGACAGAGAGAUGCUAUUCAUAUUAUGGAUGGCAGAGGGUUUUGUGCAGGAGCCGGAGGGAAAUAAAAGAAUUGAAGAUGUAGCUGGAAAGUAUGUUUCUGAAUUAUUAUCAAGGUCCUUCUUCCAACAAUGCAUCAAUGACAAGUCACGAUUUAUGAUGCAUGAUCUCAUCCACGAUCUAGCUCAAUCUGUUUCUGGAAAAACAUUUUUCAGGUUGGAGGAAAAUGCAGAGAAUAAUAUCGAGCCCACAAAAACCCGUCACUUAUCAUACAUUCGUAAACUUGAAGAUGUAUUUCAGAAAUUUGAGCCAUUCAGCAAAGUUGAGUCUUUGCGAACCUUUCUACCGUUAGACCCAUUGCAAGGGUUCAACCUGAGCAGCUUAACCCCCAAGGUUCCUCGUGAUAUGAUGCCAAAACUUAGAUUCUUGCGUGUGCUAUCCUUUAGUGGUUAUCUCAUAGCUAAGUUGCCAGAUUCAAUUGGCAACUUGAAACAUCUUAGGUACCUCAAUCUAUCUUAUUGUGAAAUAAAAGAGUUGCCUGAGUCAACAAGCAACCUAUACAAUUUGCAGACAUUGAUAUUAUUUCGAUGCGUAUCUCUUACCACGCUGCCUACAGAUAUGGGAAACCUAAGGAAUUUACGGCAUCUCAAUAUUCUAGGAACUAGGCUGAAGAGUAUGCCUCUGAGAAUGGGAAGAUUGAUUAACCUUCAAACACUCUCAGAUUUUGUUGUGGGGAAGCACAUCGGAUCAGGGAUAGCAGAGUUAAAAGACUUGUCACAUCUUCGAGGUUCACUUUCCAUUUCUGGUUUGCAUGAAGUCAGUGUUGGGGAUGCAGUUCGGGCGAAAAUGCAUCUUAAGCAACACCUUGAUGAACUAAUUAUGGAAUGGAGCAGUGAUAAUGAUUCGCGAAAUGAACAAAUUGAGACGGAUGUGUUGGAUGCAUUACAGCCUCAUGAAAACCUGAGUAAACUCACCAUUAGCUACUAUGGUGGUAGAAAAUUUCCAAGUUGGAUGUCUGAUCCUAUAUUCACUGGCAUGGUACACCUGCAUCUCAAAGGUUGCGCGAAAUGCACAUCUUUGCCAUCCCUUGGCCAACUGCCUUCUCUUAAAGAUCUUGUAAUUGAAGCAAUGGAUGGAAUAAAUCAUGUUGGGCUUGAUUUUUAUGGGGAUGGUGAUGCUUCCACAAUUCCUUUUCCGUCUUUGGAAACUUUGAAAUUUGAGAACAUGAAAGAGUGGGAGGAAUGGUCAUCUUUAGAAGAUGGAAGACUUCAAGGAAUUCCUGGCCUUCGCGAGCUUUCUGUAUUCAGAUGUCCGAAGUUAAGAAAGAUUUCUCAUGGAUUUGCUUCCCUGAAAAAACUGCACAUCAAGUAUUGUGGGGCUUUGACUAGUUUUUCUCAUCAUCCUGAACUUGGAAACUUAGAACCUGUACAAUUCUGCAGCCUUCAACAGCUUGUUCUUGUAGGUUGCAAAGAGCUUGAAGAUCUUCCUGUUACCCUUCCUUCAUUGGAAGGUCUUGUGAUAGAUGGUUGCGAAAAAUUGGCUGCACUUCCAAGGCUAAUGGGACUUUGUACAUUGUCCGUGUUAGAUUCUAAUGCUGAAUUACUGGGAUGUAUGAAUGAACUAACCUCACUGAGCUCUCUGCGCCUGAAUCAUAUUUCACAUGUCAAGUCACUGCCUGAGGGCUUUAUACGACAUUCCACAAAGCUUGAAGAAUUGAGUCUUGAUAGCUUUUCUGAACUUUUUCAGUUGUCAAAUGAGCAAGUUGGACUGACAGAUCUUGCAUCCCUCCAACGCUUGACAAUCUCCAAUUGUCCUCAAUUUGUUGCUUUUCCCAAUGAAGCUGAUAAGCUGCCUCCUAUGCUUAACUAUUUGAGUUUAAAACAUUUUGAGAGCCUAUUGAAGUUUCCAGAUGAGCUUUACAAACUUAAUUUUCUUACAGAGUUGAGGAUUGAAUGGUGUCCAAAGAUUGAAUCAUUUCCAGAUACAGGGUUUCCCUCCAUGCUUAAGCGCCUUGUAAUCGGUGAGUGUGGUGGUCUUAAGAGCCUUCCGAAGGAGGUGUUACACAACAACAAUUGUCUUGAGUAUUUGGACAUACAUAAAUGUUCCUCUUUGAUAUCAUUUCUUGAGGAAGGAAACUUGCCUACUACUCUGAAACAUAUGAAAGUUUACUACUGCAAAAUUCUGACAUCACUGCCUGGGGGUUUAAUGAUCAAAGGCAACAUGACUCUUCAGAUUUUGGAGAUAGACAACUGCCCCUCUCUCAUAUCCUUCCCAAGCGGUGAACUACCCACAACACUAGAGCGUCUUGAGAUUGGUGAUUGCUCUAAACUCCAGACCUUACCAUUCAACCUUGUCAACCUCGUAAAUCUUGAGACCUUGGAAGUAAUUAGAUGCCCCCUUCUUGAGCAUUUUCCAAUGGGUGGGUUGCCAACCAACAUGAAGACAGUUAGAAUUUCUGAAUGUGAGAAGCUCAAGUCCCUACCUGAGUUUAUUUACAAACUCAAGCGGCUUCAAAGGUUGGAGAUAUCUUUUUGUCCGAGUCUCAUAUCCUUGCCAAAGUCGGGACUGCCCACCAAUUUAAGAUUACUGACAGUUACAGAUUGUGAAAUGCUUAAUCCCGUAGAUGAGUGGAAACUUCACAAACUCAAAUCUCUUCAUGAUCUCAUUUUCGGUGGAUUUCCUGGCCUUGUGUCGUUUUCAAAUGAGUAUCUUCUUCCACACAGUCUAACCUCUCUUGUUGUCCAAAGACUCCCUGAUCUUGAAUCCAUAUCGGAGGCGCUCCAGAAUCUCACCUCACUUCAAAAAUUGGUUAUUAGUGAGUGUGAUAAGCUCCAAUCUUUGCCAAUGAAUGGGCUGCCAGCUACGCUUGGUGACCUAUCUAUUCGUUAUUGUCAUCUUCUUCAACGUCGGUGUGAGCGGGACAAAGGAGAGGAUUGGUCCAAGAUUGAAAACAUCCCCUUUGUACAUUUGACGUAGUUUUGUGAGUUGUGCUUUCUGAUUCCCUGUAAAAGUGGCAUUUCAUAUAUUUUCGUUCCCUGUAAGAUGGCAUUCAUAUUUUAGCAUAGCUUUACACA